AUGAGUCGUGUAGAAAACGGAACCAAUCAAAUGGAUCAUAUGCCACCGGACAUUUGGGAAAUACUACAAUCGUUGAUUUUGGGAAUUAAUGAAACUGAUUUGGAUUUACGGAAACCCCACUUGAAAACUGUUUUCACUUAUUCUUAUCCCUAUAUUAUCUUCUUCUACGGAGCCCUAAUUUGUGUUGGAGUCAUUGGGAAUGUCUAUAUGUGCGGGUAUAUUGUUAACAAAAAAUUGUAUAAAGAUGAAACAUACAGUUUUCUCUUGAAUAAUGCUAUAAGUGACAUUGUUAAGUGUGUUAUAGUGUUACCGCUUUCUUUGUAUGUACUUCUCAUAAGAAACUGGGUCCUCGGGGAGCUUUUGUGCUCUUUUUUACCCAUGAUACAAGAUAUUCCGCAGCAUACUUCAACUUUAACAUUCAUAUUGUUGGCAUGGGAUAGAUAUAGGUAUAUCAAGAAGCCACUCAGACCUCGUCUCCCUGCAUUCGUCUGUAAUGUUGGAACUUGGUUGACUUCUGGUUGCUUAGUACUACCAUAUCCCAUGUAUAUAAUGUAUAUAGAUUUGGGGCAAGUGUACCCAAAAUUAGAAGCAGUACAAGGUGUUGGAUUAUGUACUGUUAAUUUGUUGGACGACAUUAAAGAAUAUACGAGAGGGAUCUUCAUAAUAAUGUACGCCGCUCCAUUAACCACAAUUUCGUGUUUAUUUAUCCGUGUAUCCAGGGAAUUAUCUAAACAAAAUCCUGCGGCUGCUAUCAAAUUCGAGGCCAGAGCAAAAGAGAAUAAAACAAGGAUUCAAGAUGGUUCACAAAGUGGUAACGUUGAGGUUCAAAGCAUUAGAACAGACUACGAUCGAUCAAGUCAAUAUAGCCGUGGAAGCUUCCGAGAUCUCGACACAGCUAGAACACUUUAUGAAUUCCGAGAGCCAGAUCUAAACGUAAUCAAAGAGAGAAGAACUCAGAAAUUUCUGGUUACCAUCGUAGUGCUUUACGGAAUUUCUCUUUGUCCUUUGAUGGUUAUGAAAAUUGCUAGGUUAGCGAUAGUUGAGACUUAUGAAAAUAUGGGAUAUUUCGACGUAGUAUACAUCAUAUUUGUGUGGGUCGCAUUCUUACCGGCUUGCUCAACUCCUCUUUUGUUCAUUACCUGGAAAUUAAACAGUUCCUCAGUAGAACGUAUUAGAGGAUACCUACGGUUAAGCAGUAGAAAAAUGAGGCAUUCCAGUGAAACGGUAACUACUCUUACUGGAACUCCAGCUUCUAACCAAGGCAAACGAUGUCAAUAUACUGAAGAAGCCUUCUCUGAUACCAAUAGUUGUCAACAAGACUUACCCUCUACCUGA